UACAGCAUCUUCACACUGUCUAGUUGUUAGCAUCUAAGCGCCGAUAAUCCAGCAGCAGCCAUGGCACCUCUUCGAAUUCUACUGUGGCAUCUCCUUGUUCCUGCCCUAGUAACCUCCCAUCUUGUUGCCGCUGCAUCCAACCCCUCGACGCCGGGACCAGACUGCCCUAGUAAGUGCGGCAACAUAGAUAUUCCCCAUCCUUUUGGCAUCGGCAAGGGCUGCGGCCGGCCGGGCUUUAGUCCGUACAGUCUCACUUGCGACAAUAGCUAUAGUCCUCCGAGACUAUACAUGGGUGAGGCCGAGGUCAUCAGCAUCUCGACGGAGACCGGCGAGAUACGCGUCGUCACCUGGCCUUCGUACAUGUGCUACAACUUGAACUCGUCAAGCAUCUUCACUUCCUACGCGGGGCCGUUGUGGGACCUUGAGAAUCCGUUCGUGAUCUCGUCGAGGAGCAACGAGUUCACGGCCAUCGGGUGCAACACGGUGGCCAUCCUGGAGAGCAAGAGCUACUACACCGGCUGCGUCACCUACUGCGAGAGCAUAGAGGGCGCGGCUACCAACGGCUCCCAGUGCACGGGGCUCGGCUGCUGCCAGACGCCCAUCUCGGGAAACCUCACCACGAUAAAGAAUUACUGGAACAACAACAGCAACGGCACCUACGACAAUCCUGCGUCGACGUACAGCCCCUGCAGCUUCGCCUUCGUGGCUGAGAAAGGCUGGUAUCACUUCAACCGACAAGACCUUAUUUACGAGGGAUAUGAUAAUUCAUAUGUCAACAGAGUUUUAGAAGCUAGAACUAUGCCGCUGGUAUUUGACUGGGCCAUCCGGGAUGACGGGUCUUGCCGGCCCCCACCCAACAAUGGGGAGGCGUCGGCUAAGCCCACAGCUCCCGCUUGCGUCAGCAGAAACAGCUUCUGUAUCAAUGCCACACAGGGGUCUGGGUACCUCUGUAAUUGCUCUAAGGGAUACAUGGGCAAUCCCUACGUCACCGGUGACAAAGGAUGCACAAAUAUUAAUGAGUGCGAUAUUCAGAAAUCAAAUCCUGAGAAGUAUCCUUGUUAUAGUGGUAGCACAUGCCAUGAUACAGAGGGUGGUUACAAGUGCAAAUGCAAAUUUGGUCUAAAAGGAGAUGGUAGACGUGAGAAUGGAUGCCAGCCCAUAUUUCCAGUAUGGGCAAUAUCAAUAUUAGUAAUAAUUGUUGUGGCCGUCGUAGCAACUUUCGCAAUUUUUGAGGUAAAGAGGCGAAAGCACAGGAGGUUUUUCGACAGAAACGGCGGUGACAUACUCAAGAGCAUGGGCAUUAACAUCUUCACGGAGGGUCAGCUGAAGAAAAUCACAAACGGCUACAAAAAAUCUAUUGGAGAAGGUGCCUUUGGCAAGGUCUAUAUAGGGAUGACAGAUGACUCCCAACAGGUCGCUGUUAAGUGCUCCACUGCGAAAGGCGAUGUUCUUCCACAGGAGGAGUUCGUUAACGAGAUCACCUUCCAGUUCCGCAUCAGCCAUACUAACCUUGUCCGCCUCGUCGGGUGCUGCCUCGAGACAGAUGUUCCCAUGCUUGUCUUCGAGUUUGUCCCCAGAGGCAGCCUACACAGCGUCCUCCAUGGCGCCGGCAAGACGCUCCCUAUGCCCUUGCCAGUGCGCCUGGACAUUGCCAUUGGCUCAGCGGAAGCUCUUGCCUACAUGCACUCACACGGUGGCCACAACCACGUCCAUGGCGAUAUCAAGUCCGGCAACAUCCUCCUCGACGACAAUCUCACACCCAAGGUCUCUGAUUUCGGGUCGGCGAAGCUCGUGUCCGUCGCCAGCAGGUACUCCAAGUGGUGUGUGUCCGGGGACAUGAGCUACAUAGACCCAAUAUACAUAAAGUCCGGCCGCUUCACGGAGAAGAGUGAUGUCUACAGCUUUGGUGUGGUGCUCUUGGAGCUCGUCACCAGGAAGCCGGCCAAGUACGGGGACAAUAGCCUCUACAUAGACUUCAUCAGGUCCUUCAAGGAGGAGGGCAAUGGAAGGAAGUUGUACGACGAAGAGAUCUUGUCUGGUGUUGAUGAUGCCCGAUCACAUCAUCACAUGGAAUGCCUUGACAGGAUCAGUAGGCUCGCGGUCCGAUGCCUCAAGGAGGACGUGGAUGAGAGACCGACCAUGGCUGAGGUGGUUGAGGAGCUUAAGGAAGUGAAGGCAAUAUCCAGCGGAGGCUCAAGUUCUGUUGCAAGCUAAUUAAGCAUGCAUGGAGCAUAUGGUCUCAACACUCAAGGCAGCAACUACUUCAUAGCAAGAGUUCAGCUUAGUCUAUCCCUGUGUAUAUUCACUGUUACCAUUGUUGAGUUGAUUGUACUAUAAAUUGUGCAUGUAGUGUGGUACUCUCUCUUGUGUCGGUGUUAAGCUGCUUAUAUUCUAUA